CGACCAACCACUCUUACGAUUCAUACGAAUCACCAGACUAUUCUUUUUUUCCUUCUCUCCUAUUUUUUUCUCAAAGCCCAAAGCCCUACAGUCCCAACAUUUUGACAGUCCCCAUCGUAAUGUAACAGAGGCUAACAAAACCCCUGUAGCCCACCAUCUUGAUCACGACCCUCACGUGGUCCGAGAUCGUCGUUACCUGUAAGGGAAGCUCAUCCGGGCCCAACGACAAACGGACCAAGGAAAAAUGCUGUCAGAGCCCGAUGAAGGGGACCUUGUCUGCUGGGAUCAUGGAGCCAAGAAUGCGGGGUGGGCAGUGUAGAACACACCAUGAAGGAUUAGACUGCCGCGAAGCUUCAUUUCCGCUGUUCGGUCCUGGGGCGGCGGUUAUUACACCGACGACGUGAGGGUUUGCCAAGAUGGAUGGGGGGAGCUAUGGGUGGAUGUGUGAAAUGUGAUGGGAAGGGGAGAGACAGGAUCAGCGACUGAGGGUUAGCGGGUAUUGUGAUGGGAGCUAGCUGAAGAAAAAAGAUAUAUAAAUGUCUGGUUCUUCUCACGAUGUCGAUCUCUCAGUAGAUCUCAAGGACAGCUUCAGCUUCAGCUUCAAAGGCAUCUCUAGGAGUUGUACCUCGCCGGCCUAUCCUCACUUACACCCAUACCUUGGACCCUAUCCCUUGUCACGAUGCUUCUUCUACCACUCCUCUCAGCCAUCACCCUCGCGGUAGCCAGCCCUGUAGCUCUCGAUGACUACGUCAACUCUCUCGAGGAGCGAGCUGUUGGUGUCACCACAACCGACUUUAGCAACUUCAAGUUCUACAUCCAACACGGCGCCGCAGCUUACUGCAACUCUGAAGCCGCAGCUGGUUCAAAGAUCACCUGCUCCAAUAAUGGCUGUCCAACCGUUCAGGGCAACGGAGCUACCAUCGUGACAUCUUUCGUUGGCUCCAAGACAGGUAUCGGUGGCUACGUCGCGACAGACUCUGCCCGAAAGGAAAUCGUCGUCUCGUUCCGCGGAAGCAUCAACAUUCGAAACUGGCUUACCAACCUCGACUUCGGCCAGGAAGACUGCAGUCUCGUCUCUGGAUGUGGUGUACACUCUGGCUUCCAGCGAGCCUGGAAUGAGAUCUCCUCUCAAGCAACAGCUGCCGUUGCCUCCGCACGCAAGGCGAACCCUUCUUUCAAGGUCAUCUCUACAGGCCACUCCCUUGGAGGUGCUGUGGCCGUUCUUGCUGCCGCAAACCUGAGAGUCGGUGGAACACCCGUCGACAUUUACACCUACGGUUCUCCCCGUGUCGGAAAUGCACAGCUCUCAGCCUUCGUCUCAAACCAGGCUGGUGGAGAGUACCGCGUUACACACGCCGAUGACCCUGUCCCUCGUCUCCCCCCUCUGAUCUUCGGAUACAGACACACAACUCCUGAGUUCUGGCUGUCUGGUGGUGGCGGCGACACGGUUGACUACACCAUCAGCGAUGUCAAGGUCUGUGAGGGUGCUGCCAACCUUGGAUGCAACGGUGGAACUCUUGGUUUGGAUAUUGCUGCUCAUCUGCAUUACUUCCAGGCGACUGACGCCUGUAACGCUGGCGGAUUCUCUUGGCGACGAUACAGAAGCGCCGAGAGCGUCGACAAGAGGGCCACCAUGACUGACGCCGAGCUUGAGAAGAAGCUGAACUCUUAUGUACAGAUGGAUAAGGAGUAUGUGAAGAAUAACCAGGCCCGCUCUUAACGAGGGUAUGAGGUUUAAUGGGAAAUGACAUGAUUCAUGAACGAAACCAUAGUACAUAUGAUGCAAAUAGGAUAUAAAAAACAUAUUUCAUUCACUAG